AUGUCUCCCUCCAACACCCCCGCCUCCAUGGCUGCUACCAGCCAAGACAUUGAGAUGCUCCUGGCUGCUCAGUGCCACAUCGGUUCCAAGAACCUCCAGGUGCACAUGGAGCCUUACCUCUGGAAGACUCGCCCUGACGGUGUCAAUGUCAUCAACAUUGGCAAGACCUGGGAGAAGAUCGUCCUUGCUGCCCGCAUCAUCGUCGCCAUCGACAACCCCGCCGACAUUUGCGUUAUCUCUGCCCGUCCCUACGGUCAGCGUGCCGUCCUGAAGUUCGCCGCCCACACUGGUGCCUCCGCCAUUGCCGGUCGCUUCACCCCCGGUAACUUCACCAACUACAUCACCCGCUCGUUCAAGGAGCCCCGCCUCAUCAUCACCACCGACCCCCGCACUGAUGCCCAGGCCAUCAAGGAGGCCUCGUACGUCAACAUCCCCGUCAUCUCGCUCUGCGACUCCGACUCGCCCACCGAGUACGUCGAUGUUGCCAUCCCCACCAACAACAAGGGUCGUCACGCCAUCGGUCUCGUCUGGUGGAUGCUCGCCCGUGAGGUCCUCCGUCUCCGUGGCACUCUCCCCAGCCGUGAGGCCGAGUGGGAUGUCAUGACUGACUUGUACUUCUACCGCGACCCCGAAGCCGAGGAGAACAAGGACUCCGCCAACCAGGAUGAGGCCAAGGUUGCCGGUGCCGACGAGGUCGGUGCCGCCGCCGUCGAGAGCGGUUUCGCCAACGACUGGGAGGUUAGCGGCGCCAACGCUGGUGCCUUCGCUGCCGCCUCUGGCACCGCCGGCGCUGCUGCCAACUCCAGCUGGGAUGCUGAGGGUGCUGACUGGGCUGCCUCCAGCGCUCCCGUCCAGACCGGUAACGAGGGCUGGGCCUCCGAGACCAACGCCGAGACCGCCCCUGAGACCACCUGGUAA